AUGAGCGACGCGGUCUAUCACUUCCCCGAGAUCCGCGAGACGUGUCUGGACUGCGAUACGCCCUCGACCGACGGCGAACACGAGAACCGCAACGGGCGCGAAAUCCGCAACGUCCGCUCGCAUGACGCCGUUGCGGCUCACGCAUCCGAAUCGAACCCUCGACCGACGAACCCGCUCGCAGCCUUCCUCGAGACUAUCAUAAAGAAAGGAGCGAACUUCGUAUUAAGUGCCAAUUUUGCCUUCUGGAUAAUUGAC